ACGAAAAUAUUCCGGUCAUGCCGCAUUCGAAGAUCACGUUUAUUUCUUGAUUUAAAGUGUGUUUUCGCGUCUGGAUAGCUGUGCUUAGUACAUUUCUUUCACAAAUACACUCUUUUGCACUUAUAUAGCAUAUUGUUUGGUUGGUAUGGUUUUGGGUCAUGCACUGUCGGUCGACAUUUGACAAUCAAUCUCGGGAUUGUGAAAAAUGUACAUGGCCCAGGCCUACAUUACUACUACAACUUAGUAUAAGUACAACGCAUAGAGGAUACAUGGAAUGUAUGUAGGCCCCACAUGAAUACGUCGGCCUACCACUUACCAGUUGACAGACAAAGUGCAAGUCCCUUUUGGCGUUGAAGGCUGAUCGUCAAGUAUCGGCAUCCAACAACUAAGUACGAUGCCGGUCAAGUCCAGAUGCAGUUGGGCCUCCGUUUGCUUCGGGGUCCAAACUGUAUCCCUUGUCUUAUUCUUCUAUACGUUCUCCAUAACGCUGACCUUUUACAACAAAAAGUUCAUCACAAUGUUCCGCUUCCCUUUGUCAAUCACAAUAUUUCAUCUGUUUAUCAAAUUUCUGCUGGCAUUACUCUGUCGUACGAUAUGGGAGCUUAAGACGGGGAAAGAACGAAUAUUGCUCAGUUGGGAUUUGUACGUAAGAAAAGUGGCACCCACCGGUAUAUCAAGCUCAUUAGACAUCGGUUUAUCUAAUUGGAGCUUCGAGUAUAUUACAGUGUCUCUGUAUACGAUGACUAAGUCAACUAGCAUUGUAUUCAUCCUAGGAUUUUCACUUUUAUUUGGAUUAGAAAAAAAGAUGUGGUCAUUGAUAUUCGUGGUGAUGUUCAUAGCAGCAGGUUUAUUCAUGUUCACAUAUCAAUCAACGCAAUUCAAUCUCGAGGGCUUUCUACUUGUUUUAACCGCAUCCUUGCUCAGUGGUAUACGCUGGACAUUGGCGCAGAUGUUGACGCAGAAAAAGGAAAUAGGUUUGAGUAAUCCUCUGGACAUGAUCUACCAUGUCCAGCCGUGGAUGAUCCUCGCACUCCUUCCACUCUCAGUAUACUUUGAAGGUAAAGCCAUUUCAAGAAUGUUCGUCGCUACAACGCAGACUCUUUUUGGUGCUGAAGAUCUCCAUGUGGUGUUGAAAAAUUUUGGCCUGCUCCUGAUUGGAGCGUUGCUAGCAUUUAUGUUAGAAAUUAGUGAAUACCUUCUCGUGUCUUUUACAUCAGGACUGACACUGUGUAUAGCUGGGAUUUUCAAGGAAAUCUGUACACUCGCCUUGGCAGCUGAAAUCAAUGGUGAUAGGAUGACCCUGUUAAACUUCCUGGGUCUGGUAGUCUGCUUGGCCGGGAUUGCUCUUCAUGUGGUGCUAAAAGCUCAUAGUACUAAAGCUGCCGAGAAAAAGAAAGAAAUAGAUGAGCUGAUUGAAUUGGAAAAGCUGUCUGAAGACUAGUUGGCGUGAAAAUGUGGAUGUGAAUUCUUGGAUAUUAUCUGACACUCAGUUGCUGUGCCCACACUGGUGUUUUAAACAGACUUGAAUGCGCAUUAACCCUAUAAUACGUAUUGCGGUGCCACGCUGAAGUCAGUUUGUACCUAUUUCCAACCGGUUUAUUCAGAACAGUUCUAGUUGUAGGGAAAUGAAUGGACUUCAACCAAAUGUAUUGGAACUUGCAGUGUGGCUUUAAUAUGCAAUAAAGCGAGAGACAAGAGAGUCUUCCUAUUCACAAGAGCUCCACAGGACUUACUAAACCGUGGCUAGACACGCUUUAUAAAUUCGCCAACAGACAUUAUCAAAUUCUUGUACCAGUGGAUGAAGGAAAUGGGCUCAUCCUGUUGCAGUGUUUUCCUAGUCAUGCUAGUCUUGUUUGUGGUAUUUGUUUAGUCUUCUUCAACCUAGGUUGGCGUGACAUAAGGUACACCCAUUAGGUGUGUGUUCAAUUAGCCGUUGGUCCUUUGAAGGAACAUUGGUAUGGCUGGGGGGGGGACUCGGUAUGAAUUUUGAAUUCCUGGAAUGGAAACUAUUCUAAUCCUCAUCUUUUAAGCAUUUUACUUGAUUUGUCUUUUGUUAGGUCUCAUGUUUUGUACAUCUUGGUUUACGGGAUGGGGGUCACUAAAAGUUUGGUCAGGUGGUCGAAAUGAAAAUAGAAUUGGGAUAAAUGUGAAAAGUGGGGUCGUUGCUAAGCAAAAUCUCCCCCAAAAGAAAAAACGGUUGUAUUUCUGAAUAGAUCAGAAAUUCAGGCUUCAUUGGGUUAAAACGGAAUUGGGAAUUGGUUGUUCUUACUUCUCUUUGCCAUACAAAAUUACUGAAUUAAACAUGCCAUACGUGUUGUAUAUAUCUAUUAUCAGCUUACAUGUAUUCUUCAUAUUAAUAUUUCAAAAUGGAUCAUAUUUUGCGACAUGUUGUACAGUUAAUGUGUAAAUACGUAGUUGAUGUCAAUUUCAACAAUGCCUUUGUGAAGACAGAUGCAGGAAUACUAUACAUACCAAGUUUUAGCAGAUUUGUAUGCAUAAUAACUACACUACGGCAUUAUGUAUAACUGCAUUUCUAUUUUCCUGGACCAUCAGUAAUUACAAACAGCGUACCCCUUUUAAAAGGUCCUUGGGAGAAUGUUUACGGGUAUAUGAAAUCUAGUGAUUAAGGUGUUAGUGGAUGAAAUAUACAUUGGAUGGAUGGCACCCACUAAAAGAUCCUCAGAAGUCUAAACUGCCAUUUCUGUAGUGUCUUUGUAUUCAAAUCAUUUCAAUACUCAUUACCACAACUUCAACUGUGGGAUGACGUGUGUUCAACAAAGAAAUAUGGACCUUUGUUGUAAUAUUACAGGGUGUCUCAUAAGUUGUUUGGUAAUUUUCAUGCCAUUAACCAUUCCUGUGGAUUGUUCCUGGCCUGCAGAGAAGGAACAAGGUCAGAAGUUGGCAGCCAAGGAAUUAGAAAGUGGCAGUAAAAAACUUUUGAGACACCCUGGACAUCUUACGACAUGAAAAGUUCUUUGAUGAAAUGUUGGUGUAAAUAAAUAAAUGUAAGAUCAUUUGACAGCUUACUUGCCCCUUGUGCCAAAUAUCUUUUUGAGAUCUGGUGUAAAAUAAAGGUCAUAUCCCAUA